AUCCGAGCUGCGACUUUCUAACUUUGACCGUCGCUACAGCCGGCCGGUUCGAGAGGUCUGAAGGAGGCAGCGAACUUGAAGAGGAGGGGAGGUCCGUGGGCCGGAGCAGGCGAGAAGAGCUCGUUAAUAGCCGUGGAAAGUUGAGAGGCAGUCACUUCAGAGGAAGUGGAGGAGCAACAGGUGUCGCUUUCCAACUCAUUUGAGCUUCGCCAAGUGGUUUGGAACAAAACAUGUCAGCGCUUCGACCCAGGCUGUGUGUGUUGGAGAAAGAUGCCGACGGCUACGGCUUCCACCUGCGGGGAGACAAGAGCAAACUCGGCCAGUUCGUCCGGCUCGUAGAGCAGGACACCCCUGCCGCUGCGUCCGGGCUCCGAGCCGGCGACCGCCUGGUCUUCGUCAAUGGACAGAGCGUUGAGGGCUUCAGCCACCAGGAGGUGGUCGCCAUGAUUCGAGCUGUCAGCGGACCCCUGGAACUCAUCGUGGUGGAUGCCGAGACCAUGGAGCUGCUGGAGAAGCACAAGCUGAAGUGUCGGAGAGAGUUCGUCACCGAGGGGAUUCCCAUUCACGGAGGGGACGGCGACUCUCUCAGCAACGGCUCCAGCCGGAACGGUGAUGCGUCGUCUGAUCGAGUGAGUGUCAGCUCCGUUAGCAAGGACGACAGCUGCCUGCGACCACGUCUCUGCCACAUUAAGAGGGAGGCGAAUGAAUAUGGUUUCAACCUGCACAGUUUCAAGACCACACCGGGUCAGUACAUCCAGAGCGUGGAUGAAGGCUCUCCAGCACAGAGGGCCGGCCUCAGACCCAAGGACAGGAUAAUCCAGGUCAAUGGAGUGUCCGUGAUCGGCAUGCAGCACUCGCAGGUCGUAGAGGCCAUCAGGGCUGGAGGAGACGAGACCAGGCUCCUGGUGGUGGACGUUGAAACCGCAGAGUUCUUCAAGAGAUGCAAUGUUGAGCCAACGGAGGAACACCUCACUGGACCCCUCCCUCAGCCUGUGACGGACCAUGCGGCCCACAACGAGGAGCAUGACGAGGUGCCACAUGUGAACCCCAAACACUCCAUGGGGUCGGUGUCCUCCAGCUCCUCCUCCAACAGCUCCACAAAUGCACAACAGUCUGCUGGAGACUCCCUGGCUCUGAGCGUGUCCCUGGCCCAGGCCCGGGAGAGGGCCCACCAGAAGCGAGGUGCCAAGAAAGCCCCCACCAUGGACUGGAGCAAGAGGAAUGAACUCUUCAGCAACUUGUAAUGGGCACCGUAGAGUGUCUGAAACAGUGUUAUCUGAUGAUUCCUCCUGGUUAAUUUUAGCAGGUUGGUGAGCAGCGCCAACAGGAAGUUUAAUAUAUUUUUAAGGAAUAGAAAUGUACAGUUUGGUGCGAUUGAGAUGAAUUGCUGAUUGUACGUGACGUUUUAAGAGUUGAUGUGAAUCAGCUGGUUAGAAUGAAGGCUUUUGUAUCGACUGGACAUGAGACAGCAGCGCACUCUUCUGCCAUGAUUCUCUCUGAAAAUCCUUUCUACUUUUAAAAUGACAAAUGCAACCUGGACAAGCUUUGCGAGCGCAGAGGGAGUGAGGCUGCGUGGACUUUGUCCUACCUGAUUGUAUCAUGUCAAUCUGUUCUUUUAGAUGAAAUAAACAAUCAAAGA